UACUUCUUCAAAGUAUUUGAAAAUUAAUUUGUGAAUAACUUAGCCCAGCUCUAAAACCUUCUGAAAACAUACAAUCAUUGCAUUGUAGUGAAAUUCAUAAAAUGGUUAAGAAAUUUCUAUAUCUAUUGGACGCUACAAGGCCGUACCAACUCAUUUUUUGCAUCUGUGGAAUAGCUCCUUUUCCGAUGGCUACAGAAGCAGCGUUAAAUUGUGUUUUAUUUGCAGCCGCUGUCUAUAUUUACAAAAUUCUUCUCACAGCAGUUACACUCUUUGCUGCCUACGAGCGUUGUAGAUACGUUUCAAUACACAACAGUUCAAACAAUGAUUAUCUUACACACGGUCUAAUGUUUGCUCAGUUUAUAACGCUUACAAUAAUACAUUCCAUAAUGCAAGGGAUUGUGUUUUUCAAAUACAAUGAGCUGAAGCGAAUUCUGUUUAAUGUAAUAGAAAUCGAACAGCAUUCAUUACACAUAUCCAACUCCAAUAAAAUGCAUCAAUUCUGCUCACGAAUAACAUUCAAACGGCAAUUGCUCUGUGUUUCAGGCCUUAUGCUUAUAACGAUACUUACGACUCCUUUAAUGACAGUGUACUCGUACAUAUCAGAUGUGAUUCCAGUCUAUCAGUGGAUAAUAAGCGUCUUCUCGGAAAUGGCAAUCCGAUGUAAAAGCGUUGAGUUUUGUGUUUUGGUACAAGUGUUCAACGAGUUGCUUAGCGAAUUGUUUAUUUGCAUGGAUGAGUUGCAGGAAAAAUUUUCAAACAACAGCCGAAGCGUCAAUUUUUUCACCGAAAGAUUGAUUUUGCAAAGGAGGAUUGUUGUCAUCAAAAAUAUUCAAGCCAAAAUAUGGAAAACUGUUAAUGAAUUCACUGAUUACUUCUCACUGACAAUUCUUUGUCAAUUUGUUUGGAAUGGAGUAACUAUAACGAACAUAAUAUAUUGGGUGUAUGUUAAGUUUAAUGAAGAAAGUGUUUUUGUAAAUAUAUCACGGAUGUGUAGAAUUGCCUUUCUACUUUUGGAUAUACUUGUACCUUGUUAUUUAUGUGAUGUAUGUAUUGAAACGUAUGGAAAAAUAGUGCGAAAUAUUCACGAUUUUAAGCCCAACGAAACAGAUAUCCUAUUGAAACUUUGUUUAAGGGAAUACUCACUGCAGCUUACGCAUCAAAAAUUAGAAUUUUCCUGUGGUGGAUAUUUUAACAUUAAUUUACAAUGUUUUGGUGAAAUUGUUCUAGCUAUUACUACAUACAUUGUGAUACUGAUUCAAUUUAAACUGCAAGGCGAUAAACGAUGAACGUGGAGAAUAGAAUUAAAUGAUUUGUAUUCCAUUCUUUAUAAAAUUUUACCUCAAAAUAUUAUUAUUGACUGUCAGUAAUUGAAUAAUAUGUAAGCCCUUCAUAUGAUGUUUUUUUAUUCAUUUGAUAAUUAUGUUAAUUAAGUUAUUUAUAUAUUUAUUUAAAGAAGAUCCAUAAUAAAUGUUACAAUUA